AGCGUGAUGAAUGAAUCAAAUUUGUUCCAUGAGCUUUGCAAACCAACUAUGAAGUAUAAUGCGCUUAUUCUUCACUUUUCUAUUUCAAGUAUAACGCACUUGUUCUUUUUCAUGAGUGUUCUAAAAGAAGCAGGUGACAUAAAAGAGUAUAGGUACUUUGGAGAAGAACUCAUUUGUGAUGUUCAAAUCAAGGAGAAUCCACCGGAUAUACACAACCGAUCUCCAAAGCAACGAACUCAAGGUGUUAGGGCAGUCUUGAAGCGUUUUAAAAGAAAUGAAACGAGAGAAGAAGAUAAACGGUUCAAGCCACCCAAUCAGUUGAAACACCAAGACGUCUAUAGUUUCAUUUUCUUACAAGAAGAACCCUCAGAUCCAAUGAUGAUGAUAACAAGCUCUAAACAUGACAACAACCAUAUUCAGGUGUUGGAGACAUUGCAGAUAAUUCGGAUUUGAGGUCAAAUCCUUUUCAAGUGGGAGAGGAUGAUGAGAUCAUGGCCAGUUCACUUGAACCACACGAAGAACAGCUUGUACCGGAGGAAGCAUUGAUCGUCCCGGCGGGUCCUCUAACAAGAUCAAGAGCCAAGAAGUUCAACCAAGCCAUCAAUGGAUUACUUAAGGAGCUAAACAAGAAUCAAGAAGACGUCGUUCAAUCCUCACUCAUAGUGAUCACGGCUCAAGAGGAUCGGU